CUGCCAGGCUGCAGCUAUGGUCGUUGAGGAGAGGUUUCCUCCCUCCUCAUCAGUGACCUCGCCGUUUGUCUCAUCAUGCCGGACGAUCCCAUCGCCACCUCCCUCUAUAUCGUCCUGGAGCUGCUGAUCGCUGUGUUCUCCGUACUGGGCAAUGUGCUGGUCUGCUGGGCCGUGUGCCUCAACAGCAACCUGCAGAGCAUCACUAACUUCUUUGUGGUGUCGCUGGCGGUGGCUGACAUCGCCGUGGGAGUUCUGGCCAUUCCCUUCGCCAUCGCCAUCAGCACAGGCUUCUGCUCAAACUUUUAUGGCUGCCUGUUCAUCGCCUGCUUUGUGCUGGUUCUCACACAGAGCUCCAUCUUCAGCCUGCUGGCCAUCGCUAUAGAUCGAUACAUCGCCAUCAAGAUACCGCUCAGGUACAACAGCUUGGUGACAGGUCAGCGGGCUCAGGGCAUCAUCGCCAUCUGCUGGGUUUUAUCCAUCAUCAUCGGUCUGACCCCGAUGAUGGGCUGGCACAAACUGCCCGACAUCACCAAAAGCGACAACACUACCUGCCCACCCGGCCUGAUGAAGUGCCUGUUUGAGGCGGUGGUGUCCAUGGAGUAUAUGGUCUACUUCAACUUCUUUGCCUGCGUCCUGAUUCCCCUGCUGCUGAUGCUAGCCAUCUACCUGUGUAUCUUCAUGGCCGCUCGCCACCAGCUCAAGCUGAUGGAGGUGAAAGUGGUUCAUGGAGAGAAGUCGCGCUCCACGCUGCAGAAGGAGGUCCAGGCUGCCAAGUCUCUGGCCAUCAUUGUCGGACUGUUUGUAGUCUGCUGGCUGCCAUUACACAUCAUCAACUGCUUCACCCUCUUCUGUCCUCAGUGUGAGCGUCCUCCAGCCUGGAUUAUGUAUGUGGCAAUAAUUCUUUCCCACGGCAACUCUGUGGUCAACCCCUUCAUCUACGCUUACCGCAUCCGGGAGUUCCGACAAACCUUCCGUAGGAUUAUCCGGCGCCACAUCCUGGGCCAGCAGGACCUGCUUCAGGACGGCAGCAGGAUGCGGGACUCCACUCACAACAGCAUCAGUGACUCCAUCAGACUCAAGGCGAGCAGCCUCAGCUUUGACCUUUUUACUGAACACAGCAGCAGCAGCAGUAGCUGUGAAAGCUCCUACCGCUGCCCUACUCAUAUCUCUCCUAUAGGGAGCGGCCUGGUUGCAGUAGCCCACCUGCCUCUGUCAGUCAUAACCUCCCACUGUCCAAAGAAAGGCUCUUGUCCAUUGCAAGCCCUCAGACAGACUCAAAUAGCCAUAGACCAUCAUCUCCAGUAUGUGGAGCAGCAGGAUGACUGUGCUGGACCAGACAUCGUGGAGGAUAAGGACAAAGAGGACCUUGGCUCCGCCCAGGUCACAUCACUGUUCAACAAGCAGAACAGAGAGAGUUGCUGUAGAGAGCUGGCAAAGGUGUCCUGACACAGGCAUGUUCACUAACUAUCAGGAGUUUUGCAGGAACAUGU